AUGGCCAAUAAGGUGCUAGGGAAGGUGCUAGGGACUAAGUUUUUGGCUAGAAAGUCCAAGCUGCAUGAUAAGGACUCCAUGAAAGUGCUAGCUACUGCCCUCAUUCAAUGCCAUUUUGACUAUGCUACCUGCAAAUCUGGAUAUGGAGUGUGUGAUAGAGCAGUAAUGAGUCAACCCAAUACUCCGGCAAAGUGGAACUCAAGGAUUCUGGACUGUUGCAUUGACAGGAGAGUCUGUUUGUGUGGUACCUUCUGUUCAAUGUGCCUAGCCUGUCAGAUGGCUGAGAGGUAUGGUGAAUGCUUCUGUCUCCCCCUGCUGCCAACAACUAUGAUGAUGAUGCGCACAUCAAUGAGAGAGAGAUACAACAUCCCGGGCAGCUUAAUUGAUGACUGGGCAGUGUACAUGUUCUGUGGACCCUGUGCUCUAUGUCAGAUGGCAAGAGAGAUGAAACACCAGCUGUGUUGAGAUUGAAAGGCAAUCAAUCCAUUUGAGUUUUGGGGGUCUGUGCAUACCUAAUAAAAAAAGAAAAACAUUGAUGGAUUUAUAUUACAUACAGUAUCUGAUGAAUUCCAAUUGAAUAAGUCAUGCAUGGAAUUUAGAAAAAGGCAGAAUAAACCUGCAUGUAUGAUUAUACAACUUUUAUAUAUUGUGCACAACCAUAAUAAAUGUUUUUAUUUAUUUU